AGUUGUGGGCAGGCCACAAAAAGUUUCACUUUCCAAACGUCACCCCAGAGCGACAAUAUUUCCGGGCAGUUGCACAAAACAAGAGGAUUUUUAUGAGUGAAUAGGGAGUUUGGGGAUUGAUGCACGGUGAAAUAGCAGCGUGGGGGGGCUUAUAGGCAGUUUGUAAAUGUCAGUAUAAAGUACCUUUAUCUUUGAUCUGUUUCAAGCUGGUACUUCAGCAAAAUAAAGCAUUUGAGGAAUCUGCGCACCGCAGUCCAGAGAUGGAUCCGCUGGAUUUCCUAGAGCCCGAGGAACUGCUCCAGUUUUUCCACUGUCAUAAAACCGAGAUGUCCUGCAUGGAGAACCCUCGCACCUUCCUCAGCCAGCUCAAGGAUUACAACCUGAUCACAGAGGACAGAUACAAGAAGGUGAGUCGUAUGAAGAGUAAAGAAAACAUGAAGAAAGCUGUUUAUGAAAUCCUGGACUGGCUGGAAAGAGAGCAAUCACAGCACAUCGAUGUGUUUUGGAAGUGCGUCUUUAAGGACAUUAUCUUGACCCAGUACCCCACCCUGAAAAUGAUGCGCAACAGCCUCUUGGAUGGGUCUUUCCAGUUUGACACACCACUGCCUGAGAGGGUGGAAAAGGAAGAGCGAGACAAAAAGGAAAGGCUGAGCCCUUCAGAGAACAAGGAGAAACAAGCCAAGUCAGAGAAAAAAAAGAGGAAACUCAGGAGUGAUGAUGAUGAGCAGCCUGGUCCAUCAGCCCAGCUUACUCCAGGUCAGAGGAGAAAGUCCAAGAAAUUAUCUUUUUCUAGUCCUUUGAAGAAGGGAGAGAAAGGUGACAUUUGGACAUGGCCCCUCUAUAAGUCCCAGCUACCUGUCAAAUGUGGAGAUGCCAAGGGAACACUUCAACGAGACAGACUGGCUAAAGGAGAAAAAUGCAUUGUGGUUGACAAAAAGUGGUUUACUCCUGCUGAAUUUGAGAGGCUUGGAGGGAAGGGGAGCUGCAGGAACUGGAAGUUGUCCAUUCGAUGUCAGGGCACCCUCCUGGGGAAACUUAUCAAGGACGGUCACUUGAAAACUGCAUGCUACAAAAGAAAAAGAAAACAGACCAAGCAACCUCCUCCUUCCUCCAACUGUUCAACCACAGAGUCUACUGAAGAGGAAGAUGAAGAAGAGGAAAGAAGCCUGGAAGAGCUGGAAGACCAGUCUUCGUCAGGCAAAGAAGAAGAAAGCACAGAGGAAGAGGAGACAGAGCAACAGGGUAACCAGCGGUUCAAAGUGACAUGCGGAGCUUUAUCUGGGACUUUGCACCAAAAACGAUUUGCAUCAGGGACACAAGGAAAGAGCAUUCGUACCGAGACUGCCUGGAUGAGCCCGGUCGAGUUCCUAAAAGCAGCAUUAAGUCAGCCAGAUGUUUCCUGGAGGAGAAACAUCAUACAUGAUGGAAAACCAGUCAGCAAUCUUAUAGAGGCAAACAUCCUGCGGAUCCACUCCCCGCUGUGCGACUGCAGUCUGUGCAAACCAGACCAGGAAGACCUGGCGAAUCAGAAAAAUGAUGAUGAGUGUUGCAUUUGUAAAAGUGAAGAAGAGGGAGAGCUGGUAGUAUGUGAUUGCUGUCCAUGCUCCUUCCAUCCAUGCUGCCACCUGCCUUACGUAGAAGACAGCACUUUAAGGGACAACAGACAAUGGAUCUGCACAUUCUGUAUUUUUAAAGAAAAUCAAGCGUACCGCUACAAGGAUGAGCAGGAGACAGAAGCUGUCAUGUUCCUCUCAAUAGCUCAACACAUGCUGGAAUGCCAGUAUCUCCUCAUGUAUCUGUUCAGCACUGCUGAGGAGCAAAUAUUUGCCACAUACCCCAGGUUUUAUUCAGAAAACCGUCCUAGCUUUAUGACAUCUCCCAGCUGGCUGGGCAGUGUAACAGACAAACUCCAAGGGCAUCAUUACCAGACUGUAGGUCAGUUUGUCUCCGACAUCCGGUUCAUUUUCACCAACUGUGCAACAAACAGUCAGGAUGAUCCUGAAUUACUUUCUGUGGGCGACCAUCUAAAGAAGCUGUUUGACGGAGAAUUUAAAAAGGCCUUCAACAUCUGCAGCUCAGCUGCUGACUGAUGGGCAGCGUUAAGUUCUUUAAUUACUCACAUUGAGGGAGAACUCUAAAACUAAGCACAUAUAGAUGUUCUCUCUAACGUGGGCGGAGUUUCUAAUUCAAAAUAACCCAAAGACUUAACUGUUAAUCAAAAGGAGGUUCUGACCCGUAUUAAAUCAAACUCUUCCAAGUCAACGUAAAAUGUUUUUACAAUGUACUAUUUGCAUAUUACUGUGUUUUAAAGUUAACAUUUAAACUGAAAAUGAAUAACAGCGUAGUUAAAUGUACAAUACCUGCACAAGUCCUAAACCACGCCUCACUUCAGAGGAGCCAGAUUUCAUUUUCUCAUCAAUAUUUUUCAAGUGAUCUUUAGCAGUUGUUUUCCAGGCUUUCUGAAAGUUUUUUUUUUUUUUUUGUAUAUUCAGGCAAAUACUGAGCAUGUCAUUAUAGGAUUAUACUCAUCAUAUGAGUAUAGGUGAAAUACUGCUGGACUGGUGGUGGUGAUUCUGUUCAAAGUUUGUCCUUCAAACAUGAUUCCAUGUUAUUCUUUUGCUGGAUAUUACUUUUCCAAAGAUAUCAAUGAUCUUGCUGUUUUCCCAAGUUUUCCAUAUAUCAGACUGGAUCUGCAUAACUGUGACUCAGCUUAUCAGAAGAAGGAUACAAUAGGUAGCCGUUGUGCAUGUAAUGAUGAAAAGCAAGAAGGAAUUUCAAAAUAUCCCUUUAAGUCAGACAGGCUGUUGUCAACAAGUGGAAGUGGAAAUUGUGGAUUUCUUUUUAACUUGAAUAGGAGGAUGGUAAUAACUCACAAUCAGGUGUAUUCAGGAUUACAGAAAGAUUCCAAGAGUAUCAAUGAGGUAAUGUUUAACCUUUUCCCAUUUUAAGGAUUUCUAUUUUCAUGUGUAAUGUGUUGACAUGUUGUGUCAGUUAAUGACCUAUAUGGAAGUCAUAUAAUUGAGAGAAAUAUAGAAUAUAUAAAUGUGUCUGGAUCCAGUCCAACAGUUUUACAUGAAAGCAAGUAAAUUUUACUAAAGUACAUCAGGAAUGUCUUGUUUGUUUCUUUGUUGUUGUUUUUUUAAACAAAAGGUUUACAUAGAAAACGCCCAGAAAUAAAAAAAAAAUGCACAUGACAGUCAGGAUUUUUAUUCAUGUUUACAAAAAAAAACAUUUUUAUAAGCUAUAAUGAAGUAAUGUCUUUUAUAGUAUUUGAUUCUAUUAUGAUCAUGCAAAUGUUUCCACAUUUUUUGCCUGUAACACUUAUUCAUUCUCAGUCUCACUCUCUGAUCUGUUGAAUGAGGAUGUCUGUUUCCAAAAUAAAGACAAAAAAAAUCCUCACAGUAGCAUGUCUUUAACUGGCAUUACACCUUUAAAGUACUCUCCAGAUUUAUAGACAGAACGGAUUCCUAACCCU